UGGAGCUCCGUGAUCCUUGAGGUCCCUCCCAACCCGGGCCAUUCUGUGAUUCUGUGUGAUUCUGUGCCCAUACUCCUCAAGUACUGAAAGCCUGGAGAUAAGAAACUGGGGGAAGUUUAGCAUUGCUGCGUGUUCUAUCAGUAGAAGUCAGCUUGCUUUUUCCUUUCUGCCAUAAUCCAGUGCUGGUGAAUGAGGUGUUACCCACCCAUCGUCUCCAGCUCGGCUCUGCGAGAGCCAUCCGACUUACAGGAGCAGACAGCACUGCUCUCUUUGGGCUUCUCUCUUUUCUCCUGAAAUGGCCGUGAGAGUGAUAUCUGGGUCAGCUGCCUCCAGCGUGUCACUUUCUUUUGACACUCAUGGCUGUGAGCGUGCCGGAGGAGCGCGGUGGGAAGCGCCGCAGUGGGAUCAGGAGUCGUUAAAGGGGUGCUGUGCUGAUCUGCAUCACUUCGGGGGGAAUCUCCCUGAUGGCUGCUCAGACGUGCUUUCCUUCUGAUCUCAGCACUGUGUCCCGGCUCUCGGCGUGGGAGCCCCCAUCCGUCCUCAGGGCUGCUUUCAGGUAUGGGGACGUCAGUGGGACACCGUGCUGCGAUGCGCGUCCUGAGCGUGCCUACUGGGCUGCCAUCCAGCACGGGGUGGAAGGGGCACCGUGCUGCUCUCCUGUAUAUUUCCAGACCCUGUAACACAUCCCCCCAUCGUUGUGUUCAUUCUUACAGGAAAAGUAGUUUUGCUGCUUGAGUCCCAGCCUCCUCUGUGUGGCACCCAGCGAUGGGUUGGCACCCAGCGGGCACUGAAACACAGCAGUCCUGCUUGAAGGUGUUGGAACAGGUUGUCUAGAGAGCUUGUGGAUUCUUGGAGGAAAUCCAACUGGGCAGAGUCCUGCCGAGCUGCACUGGUUGGUAGCAGUGGGCUGGAUCUGCCUGCCUGGCCCCUGCCAGACCUGUGGGUUUGGUGGCUGCACUUGGUGGCUCCUCUCUGUCCCAAAAAUGGAGCAGUGGGGUAUGUCUGUGUUUGUAGCCAGAGCUUGGGAGCCUGCCCUGGAACUCUGUCAGAGUUGUGGUAUGAAAUCAGGAGGUUGAAUUUGUAGUGUCAACUGCCUGAUGGCAAAAUAUUGUACAUUUUGGGGGUAACGUGCAUUGGUACAAGAAAAACUGGGGGCUGAGCAUCUUUGUAAGUAAAUUAGUUGAAUGGGUGAUUCUGUGUUGGUGUCUGCUCGAUGCUGGGCUUGUGGGCACGCUCAUCUCAGGACCUUUGUGUCCUGUGUUGCUCCCUCACGAGGUGUCCAGGUGGGAGCAGCUGCUGGAGAGCACUCCUGGGUAUUUGGAAGAGCAGAGCUGAGUGUUUCUGGUCACAGAAUCAUUAAGGUUGGACAGGACCUCUAGGAUCAUCCUGUCCAACUGUAAUCAUCUUGCAGAAACCCAAUGGAAUCCAUGUUGAGAGGAAUAAGGGGAACUAAGAGCUUGAUCAGAAAUAUUCUGUGGCCCUGAAUCUGUACUGAAACUGUGCUCACUCAAUGGGUUUGUCAUUGGGGUUGGCAGCAGUGGUCAUUUUGAGGAUCUGCUGCUGAUCUGUGGAUGCCAUAAGGCAGUGCUGUUUGCUGGCAGUCCGAGAGCUGGGUGUUGGUCGCAGACCUUCAUGUUUGGUUGUUUGUUCUUGACGGAUUUGAGGUUCAGAUUCGAUCUUAUUGCACGAAGGCGUUGUUGCCCUUUUCAUCCCCUGCCCCGUUACUCUUUACUUUCAAGUCAUGGAGAGGCAGAUGAGCAGCUCACGUGGCAAGCUGCAGUCCCAGCUUUGGGUUAUGCUGUGGCUCGUUGCCCCCAGGACCAGCUGUUCCAUCUCACAGGCUGUCAGAUAACACCCUGCCUUCUCAUGAAAUCUGCUGACCAGCUUGUUUUCUCCAUUAUUACAUUUCACAUCAUCGGAAUGCCAGCAUCACCUGGGGCUUGCUGCUGAACUUCCUUGUUAUCUCGGGUCUGUAGGAUCCCAGAACCCCGCGAGACGGCACAGAGCCGACAGCUCACCUCCACCGCCCUGGAAAUACCUCUUCCUGGAGCUCCCCGUUGCUGUAGGUGAAAUGAAUGCCAGUUUGGCCAGCACAACACAUCUCCCAAUUCCAUUUGAGUUGUGUCACUGCGGGGGAGCGAUGCUAAAACUGUCACUUGGCUUUCCAUGCUGGCAUUACUGGGGGGCACUCGGAGGCUACCGGGGGUUCGGCUCUUAUCUGCGAGCUCCAGCUCAUCUCUGAGCUGAAUGCUUGGUGGGUACACGCGUGUUGGCUUUCCAAAAGAUGCGUGUUUGACAUCUUUAUUUUUUUGACAGCACAAGAAUCUGAUUAUUUCUCCACCUCUCUUCAGCCUGCUGUUCUAUUCUGCCCAGAUCUGUGGUUCCAUCGUCCGAGGUGCUGUGCUGGUGAUGGGUUUGGCCAUCGCUUUCUUCCUUCUCGAGUAGUAAAAAUCGGGUGAAUGUAAAUGAGAUUUGAAUGAAUUAUGCUAGUUAUGCAUUCAUCCUAAUUCAAAUCCUAUCUUAAUUAGCCCGGGGGCCUAAUUUGACUUUCACGCAGCAUGAAACCACUUUGGAUUAUCACUGGAAUUGCCAUGCAUUUAUUCUGGACUUUUUUUUCCCAUCAGCACGCAUCUUUUUACACUGCUUAAAAACAAAGCAAAACUAAUAUAUCAUUAAUAAAUUAAUCAGAUUUAAUUAGGGCGGCACAGGAGGGUAUAUUUUAAGGGGAAAAAUGCUGUAAAUCCAUUCCCUGUACCGAGUGCUUCUGCGCCGAGCGUGGGGAUGAGCUCAUGACACAGACACAGAGUGAAGCUCUCUCUCGGAUGCAUUUCUGCCAUAUCUUUAAACGAGCUGGAAUUGCUGACGUUCUGCCUUUUUCAGAUGUGUGUCAGCGUCCAUCGGCUUCUCCUUCAAACGGUGGAAGAUUAUUGAGUUAAAUAUUGCCGGGCCGGCAGAUCUGGGAGGCACUCAGUGGACGUGGGGUGAAGGUUGCUGCCGUGUGUUUGGUCCUGCAGCACAUCUGCGAAGGCAGAGCUGCUCUCUAGCUCAGAAACUGAAGGAUACAACCAUGUGAAAUUCAGAACUCUGCGUAUGACUUCCUUCUUUCCUUCUAAUUAGAUUGAGAUGGACGUUUCCAGCGGGACAGCGGGUUAAUGAGAGGUCGUUCCAUUGAGCCCAAAGGUUUCCUUACAGACAGAAGGUGCUGCUGGUGUGUUUUCCCAUAUUUGUAUCCGCAGCUUUCCUCUGGACUGGCGCUAAAUAUAGAAUAAGUGACGUUUUCUUGCCAGGGAGAAGCAGAGCUGCUCAGCAGCUUCAAAUCUGAGCAUUGAGAGCCUCCUAAUCAACGCACGCCGUUAACGCACAGCUGAUAAGCCUUGCGCUGUGAAGGCUGUGGUUAAUCUGAGUGUCAAGUCUGCGCUGUCAGCAUCUGUAGGUGAGCUGUGAUCUCUCAUUUGUGUAAUCGCUGGCACUCAGAACGGGAAACGAUCUCCGUCCUGAAGUGAGUUCAGGGAGCGGUUCACAGCUCUGCCUCUUUUCCUGCUCCGUUUCUCCCCACGUUCCCCACAGAAACAAAUGGAGCUCUGAUCUCUUUCAGGCAUCCUCCCCUUUCUUCAGAUGGACUCGAGGCUGACGCGUUCGCUCUCUGACGUCCUGCCACUUCUGAAGGAUGCACACACCGGCACGGCGUGCCGUCUUGCUAACGAGGAGAGGACUUACCAAAAGCCUGCAAAGGAGACGUAGGUCUUCAGACAAGUCCUGGCAGCUGGAGCUUCCCGAUAGCAGGUAAAAUAAUUUGACCACCAUGAGUUGGAGCUUUCUGACCCGUCUCUUAGAGGAGAUCCACAACCACUCCACCUUCGUUGGCAAAAUCUGGCUGUCGGUGCUGAUCGUGUUUCGGAUCGUCCUGACCGCCGUGGGAGGCGAAUCCAUUUAUUAUGAUGAGCAAAGCAAGUUUGUGUGCAACACGGAGCAGCCCGGCUGCGAGAACGUCUGUUACGACGCUUUUGCUCCUCUUUCUCACGUGAGGUUUUGGGUGUUCCAGAUCAUCCUCGUCGCCACUCCAUCCGUCAUGUAUUUGGGCUAUGCCAUCCACAAGAUCGCCCGCAUGGUGGAGCACAGUGAUGUUGACAGAAGGUUCAGAAGCAAAAGCUUUUCGACGCGCUGGAAACAGCACCGAGGCUUGGAGGAGGCCGAGGACGACCACGAGGAGGACCCGAUGAUGUACCCAGAAAUAGAGCUGGAAAGCGAACGGGAGAACAAGGAGCAGCAGCCCCCCGCCAAAGCCAAGCACGACGGGCGGCGGCGGAUCCGCGAGGACGGGCUGAUGAGGAUCUACGUGCUGCAGCUGCUGGUGAGGGCGACGUUUGAGGUCGGCUUUCUGGUCGGUCAGUACCUCCUGUAUGGCUUUGAGGUCAGCCCCGUGUUCGUGUGCAGCCGGAAGCCCUGCCCCCAUAAGAUAGAUUGCUUCAUUUCAAGGCCGACCGAAAAGACCAUCUUCCUGCUCAUAAUGUACGGGGUGAGCUGCAUGUGUUUGCUGUUGAACGUGUGGGAGAUGCUGCACUUGGGGUUUGGCACCAUCCGGGACACGUUGAACAGCAAGAGGAAAGAGCUGGAGGACUCUGGGACCUACAACUACCCCUUCACCUGGAACACACCUUCUGCUCCCCCCGGCUACAACAUCGCCGUCAAACCCGACCAAAUGCAGUACACCGAGCUGUCCAACGCCAAGAUGGCCUACAGGCAGAACAAAGCCAACAUCGCCCAGGAGCAGCAGUACGGCAGCAACGAGGAGAACAUCCCCGCCGACCUGGAAAACCUGCAGAGGGAAAUCAAAGUGGCUCAGGAACGCCUGGACAUGGCCAUCCAGGCGUACAACAACCAAAACAACCCCAGCAGCAGCUCCAGAGAGAAGAAGUCCAAAGCAGGCUCCAACAAAAGCAGCGCCAGCAGCAAAUCGGGGGACGGGAAGAACUCUGUCUGGAUUUGACCUUGGCUGAGUUUAUAUGUUGUCUUUUUCUCACAACCAGCAGCCCGUUGAGUAAUGGCUUCCAUUAAGUAAAUAUUUGGUUCUGCUUAUUUUCAGGGAUGCUGUUGGCUAGCGAUUCCAGCUCUAAGAAAGUGUUUAUAUGCGCACUGUAGGACUGUACAACUUUAUUCUUCUGCCUUCCAAGCCAGGAGACAAAUAGGUAUAUUUAAAUCAUUCUCAUUGAAGGGUUUACGCUGUAUGUACAGUAUUAUCGUACAUUUAUUAUGCACAAUUUUUGUAUUUGUACACUGGAUCUCCGAAGUUACCCUUUUUUAUACGAAAGGAGAAAACUGUAGGUAGCUGUCAGCAUUUUGCUCCUUUUAUUACUGUGGUUCGUCGUCGUUUUCUGUUUGUUUUCAGUGUCAGAACUUUCAAUGCUGCAUUUGAGAAGUGCCUUGAACACACAGCACCAGGGAGCCAGAUCUGCUCCCUUAGAGCAGGGGGGGGGGUCGGAAACGUCUGCUGAUGGUGCUCUUGACUGUACCUUCUAUAAAAAUGAUGUGCUACCUACAAA